GUCUAUGAAGCCUUCGCAACCAAAGCUGUGUCAUGAACCAGUCCUUGAGAAUCAUCUCGAUCUUGUUCGAUCCGAUGUCCGCAGUGAAUUAGGCUCGCCCUGGACACGUUACGCAUCUCCUUCAUCUGCUUUCACCAGCAUUGUGGAACCAUUCGCUGAGAAUUCAGAUACUCCGUCCUCUCAUCUGCUUCGUCCACCUCGAUGUGCUUCUCAUUCAUCAUCUCAGACGAAGACCUUGCCUCGUUCGACGAAGUCACCGAACUUCGUCCUCUUGGGGCAUGGAUAGGGUUGCAUCUUUUCACAACUCGGAAAUCUGCUCAGGCGGAUGGAAACCUGCCCCGUUUCUCGACAUCUGAUAAUUUUUCAAUUGCCCCAUUGUGCAAAAUUUGUGUCAACACUGGAAAUUUCUAAGAUUGUUCCGCGAAAUGCAGUUGUGUUUAGCUUUUCCGAAUCUGUGAAGGGUGGAGAGGGAAGGAAAAUGCGCCUGGCGACCUCCGUUUGGCUGGGGGUUUAGGCGUUUGUGGUCAUCUUGCAAGUUCAAUUCUGAUUAUUUCGCUGGAGUUGUUGGUCACUAUGCCAACCUCUGUAGCGGGAAUCUUUCAUAACAUUGUUAGUCUGCAAUGUGGAAUUCCAAAUGGACGAGGUUGUGAAGCUCCUCGUGCUUUCUCUAGGUCUCCUGGCGUGAGUUGUAAGUCUUUAGGCUUCGUUGAGAAUUUGUGCUCCCCGAGGUUUCGCAAGCAGAAAGUCAACUUGAGCAAUGCCAAACGUGGCUCUCGAUGUAGGAAUACACUUACUACCGAUGUUUACCAGCAAGAUGAGCAUGACAUCGCUAAGAGUAAGAAAGAGGAGCAUGAGAGUGGAAUUGACUUGAAGCAAUGGAUGGAAGAACAGGGGUUGCCCAAGUGUAAUGUAGCUCUGGUAGAACAUCAACUGGCGGAGGGUGACAAGGGAAAACCUAUACAUUACGUUGUGGCCAGCCAAGACUUGCAGCCUGGCGACGUGGCAUUAACCGUCCCCAAGUCCCUUGUCGUCACAUUGGAGAGAGUCCUAGGAGACGAAACAAUAGCUGAAUUGUUGACAACGAACAAGCUUUCUGAACUCGCUUGUCUAGCACUUUAUCUUAUGUACGAGAAAAAACAAGGGAAAGAAUCAUACUGGUAUCCAUACAUCCGUGAACUCGACAGGCAAAGAGGUCGGGGACAACUUUCAGUGGCGUCGCCGCUACUGUGGUCUCCAGAAGAGCUGAAUGAGUAUUUCACAGGAAGCACCAUGAAGGAAGUUGUUUUAGAGAGGUUGGCGGGUAUCAAACGGGAAUACGAAGAGCUUGACACAGUUUGGUUUAUGGCGGGUUCUUUAUUUAAGCAAUACCCCUUCGACUUGCCCACAGAAGCAUUCUCAUUUGAGAUAUUCAAGCAGGCGUUUGUGGCUGUGCAGUCCUGCGUUGUCCAUCUCCAAGGAGUGAGUCUCGCAAGGCGAUUCGCAUUAGUUCCGUUAGGACCCCCACUUUUGGCCUAUAAGAGUAACUGCAAAGCGAUGUUGAAGGCGGUUGGUGAUAACGUACAACUAGAAGUUGAUCAUGCUUACAAGACCGGUGAUCCUAUAGCGGUGUGGUGUGGUCCACAGCCAAAUUCUAAGUUGUUGCUGAACUACGGAUUCGUAGAUGAAGAUAAUCCUUUUGAUCGACUUGCAGUCGAGGCAUCACUUAACACGGAGGAUCCUCUGUAUCAACAGAAAAGGGCUGUCGUACAGAAGAACAAUCGACUGACUAUACAAACUUUUCAGAUAUACAAGGGCAAAGAAAUGGAAGCUGUCCGGGACAUGUUACCUUACAUGCGACUUGGGCAUUUGGCCGAUCCCGAAGAGAUCGAGACUGUCUCAUUCGCUCAGGAGCCUCUUUGUUACGUAAGUGCCUGCAACGAGAGAGCUGUAUUAAAUCAAAUAGAACAUUUCUUUGAGCGACGCUUGGCUGGAUACAAAUCAUCCGACACAACAAAGGCUGUUGAUGCGAAGAAGGACGCAAAGAGAACAGUUGCAAAAAAAUUGAUGUCGAUUGAAAAGAAUAUACUAAGAAAUGCGUUAGCUGCAGUGCACGAAUUGAUUAGAGAGCUACCGGAUGGUGCUAUUUCACCCUGCAUUGGUCCUUACCUGCCUAAUUUGAAAUGAAGACAGUUGUGUGAAGUGUAAUUUCCUUUUUGUUUUGUUCACAAAUGCAUUCUCUGUAUUUUACUGUG